AUGCCUUCCCUAUUCCCAUCUGCCAGCGCUUUGAGCGCUACAUUUGCCCAUGCAUCACCUUAUGCAUCACCCAAAAGAGAGCCCGCUUCGGCCCAGCGAAAGGACAUUUCCCAUUUAUAUGGCUCCUGGAGCGUUACGGAAGACGCGAAGAACAAGGCGACCCAGCUCAGCGAUGCUGCCCAAGCUGAAUUGACCAAAGCCUCCAAGGCUGCACAAGCCAAAGCCGGGACCAUUGAGCUUUAUAGUCCCAAGUACUACGCAACAUGUACCUUUGGUGGUCUCAUGGCUUGCGGCGCCACGCAUUGGGCGGUGACUCCCCUCGAUCUUGUCAAGUGCCGUCGUCAAAUCGACGGAAAGCUCUACAAAGGCAACGUCGACGGCUGGCGUAAAAUCAUCAAAGCAGAGGGUGUACGAGGACUGUACACCGGAGGCUCGCCUACAUUCUUUGGAUAUUCAGUACAAGGAGCCUUCAAGUAUGGCUUCUACGAGUUCUUCAAAAAGUUCUACUCCGACCAAGUCGGCGCCGAGAAUGCCGAAAAAUACAAAACCUACGUCUACCUCGCCGGGUCCGCCUCCGCAGAAUUCAUCGCAGACAUUGGUCUCUGUCCUCUCGAAGCCGUCAAAGUCCGCAUGCAAACCACCAUGCCACCAUUCGCCAACGGAGCCUGGGAUGGAAUCAGCAAGAUCGUCGCUACUGAAGGAGUCGCUGGGUUAUACAAAGGCAUUGCACCUCUUUGGGGCCGCCAAAUCCCUUAUACCAUGAUGAAAUUCGCCUCAUUCGAAACCAUCGUUGAACAAAUCUACGCAACCCUCCCCGGCCAGAAAUCCGACUACAAUUCCCUCCAACAGACCGGCGUGGCAUUCAGCGGUGGAUACCUCGCGGGAAUCCUCUGUGCGAUUGUCAGUCAUCCCGCGGACGUCAUGGUUAGUAAAUUGAAUGCCAAUCGACAAGCCGGAGAAGGUUUUGGCCAGGCUGUUGGGAGGAUUUAUAAAGAUAUAGGGUUUUCAGGACUGUGGAACGGUCUACCCGUGAGGAUUGUGAUGAUUGGGACGCUUACGGGGUUGCAGUGGAUGAUUUAUGAUAGUUUUAAGAUUUUUAUGGGGUUGCCUACUACGGGUGGGGGGAAAGUUGAGGAGGGGGAAAAGUGA